GUCAGAUCCCCGCACGAUCAGACGGCCACGAGUCACGAGAAUUGGGACUUUGUUCAGCAAUAUAAAUGGCCCCUCCAAGUGCCAAAACACACAAAAACCCUAUUCUCUUUCCUAGGGCUUUGUUUCUCAUUGAGACGAACCGAAGGCUUUUGAAGGUUGCGACAAUGAGGCCGGUUUUCGUGGGUAACUUCGAGUACGAUACUCGCCAAUCUGAACUGGAGCGUUUGUUUGGAAAAUACGGGAAGAUCGAGCGUGUGGACAUGAAAUCUGGUUUUGCUUUUGUUUACUUCAUGGAUGAGCGUGAUGCUGAAGAUGCCAUUCGUGGCCUUGAUAAUAGGCCAUUUGGUUUUGACAGGCGUAGGUUGUCAGUGGAGUGGGCUAGGGGGGAACGUGGUCGGCCUCGUGAUGGAUCUAGGUCCGUGGCAAACCAAAGGCCUACUAAAACCUUGUUCAUAAUUAACUUUGAUCCAAUACGCACAACUGUGCGUGAUAUAGAAAGGCACUUUGAACCUUACGGAAGGAUUCUUCAUGUUCGAAUUCGACGGAACUUUGCAUUUGUUCAGUUUGAGACUCAGGAAGAUGCUACCAAAGCACUCGAGUGUACUCACAUGAGCAAGCUUUUAGACAGAGUAGUAUCUGUUGAGUACGCUUUAAGGGAUGACGAUGAGAGCGGUGACAGCCAUCACGAUAGCCCUAGAAAAAGAAGUUAUAGUGGGCGUGGGGUUAGUCCUUACAAAAGGUCACCAAGUCCAGUGUAUCAUAGACGCCGGAGUCCUGAUUAUGGUCGUCCAGGUAGCCCUGUUUAUGAUAGGUACAAUGGUCCAGCAUAUGACAGGCGCAGGAGUCCUGAUUAUGGCAGGAACAGGAGUCCUGAAUAUGGCCGAUUCCGGAGCCAAUCGCCUAUUCGAAGGUCAGGAACUUGAAAGAAAAUCCUGUUACUAGGGAAGUUGAAAAAAGCUUUAGCUCGAAUUAUGGUACUCUUUAGCUUUUGCUACGUAUUUGAGAUGGAGAAUUUCUACUUGUUACAUUGAUAUUUUCAGUUGUAAGAUUUGAGAAUUAGCACACUUCUAUGUUUAGAGUGAUUUGCUACCUACCUAUAAAAGAAAGGUUUAAAGUGA